AGGCCAGCUGGCGGGAGGCGCUGGCCGUCUUCGCGCGCCUGCCGCGCCUGCGCCUGAGGGCGGACGCCUUUGCGUGCGGGGCGCUGGCCGCCGCGUGCGGCCGCGGCGGGCGCUGGCCGCUCGUCCUGGAGCUGCUCGCGGUCGCGAGGCACGGCGCCCUCGAGCCAGACGUCGUCGCCUACAACGCGUCCAUCGGCGCCUGCGCGGCCAGCGGCCGGUGGGUGGAGGCGGUGGCGCUGCUGGAGGAGCUGCAUUCGAGCUUCAUGCGCAGCGACAUGGUCACCUACAACGCCGCCGCGAGCGCCUGCGAGAAGGGCCAGCGGUGGGCCUUGGCGCUGCACCUGCUGCUGAGCGCCUCCCGCGCCCGCCGGCUGCGGCCCACCGCCGCGUCCUGCGGCGCCGCGCUGGGGGCGUGCGGGAAGGGCUGCGCUGGGAAAUGGCGGUGGCCCUGGUGCGCGAGAUGUUGCAGAUGGCUGUGCAGGUGAGCGCCCCCGCGCUCAACGCGCUGCUCGGCGCGUGCGUGGCCGGGCCAGGCAGGUCGCAGGCGACCGGCGUGCUCGAGCACAUGCGGGCCAGCGCGGUGGAGCCCUCCGCCGCCACGUUCGGCGUGCUGCUAGGCGCCGACGGCGCCUGCGCCGAGAGCCUGCUCUCCGAGAUGCGCGCCAGGCGUCUGGAGGCCAGCGCGGUGACGUACAACGCGGCCAUCGCGUCCUGCGAGCGGGCCGGACGGUGGUCCCUGGCGCUGCGGCUGCUCUCUCGGGCGCGGGACUGCUCCGCGGCGCCGGGCCACAUCGCGUUCUGCGGCGCCAUCCACGCCUGCGCGUCGGCGGCGCAGUGGGCCCGCGCCGCGAGCCUGCUGCUGCGCGCGGCGGGCGCGUCGCUGCCGCCCACGGUGCAGGCCUGCAACGGGUCCAUCGCCGCCUGCGCCGCCGCGACCGCCUGGCAGGCCGCGGUGGCGCUCUGGCACCGGAUGGGGGCGCCGGGAGGAGCCCGCCCCAACGUCACCACGCACGCGACGUUGGCCGCUGCAUGCGAGGAGGCGGGCCAGGCCGCGCAUGCGGCAGCCUCCGUGCGCCCGCUGCCCGCCCGCGCCCUGGCGUACCUGCUGGCCGGGCCGCUGGCCCUCCGCGCGCUGCGGCAGGAGCCACCCGCGCCGUGCACCACGUCAUCAACCAUGCCACGGUGGAUUUCCUCGGCCUGGUUGCCGACAGGCGAGGGCUUGCCCCGACCGCUCGCGCUUUGCGGUCGCUGUCCUGCAGCCCCUGCAGGGGCCCGCGGGAGCUCGCCGCGCGGGCGCGGGCGUGCCGGCACCCCGCGCUCCGCGGCGUGGACGGCCCCGCGUGCAUACCUUCCAGUCCCUUCUGGCGACGUCGCGUGGCUGCGUCUGCCCUCCAUUCUCCACUCU